UCCAAUUGGACGCCGCCUGGUUGAUUGGUGGGGCUCAGCCCCCCGGUCACCAGCCCCUGCCUUACCAAGAAGCGGGUUCAGUGCGCAGGGAUCCUGUUUCACGCGGUGCAGUUUUUGCCUUGGGAAGCCAAAGUGUCCGGCGUGUGUGGUGCGUUCAUCCAUCAUGCGGCACAUGCUGCUGCUAGCCCUGCUGAGCCUUGGAAGGCAGCUCAGCCCAUGCUGGGGCUGUCAGCUGCCCUCAGACUGGAGACCCUUGAGUGAAAGCUGCAGGGCUGAGCUGGCAGAGAUCAUAGUGUACGCCAAGGUGCUGGCACUCCACCAGGAGAUGUACAGUAUGUAUAAUUACCUGCCCUGGCAAUAUGAAGCCAGCGAGGGGGGGCUCUUUUACUCGGCUGAGAUAGAGAUGCUGUGUGACCAGGCUUGGGGAAGCAUGCUGGAAGUCCCUGCAGGCUCCAGGCUUAACCUCACUGGACUGGGCUACUUCUCCUGCCACUCCCACACAGUCCUGCAGGAUUACUCUUACUUCUUCUUUCUCAGAAUGGAUGAGAAUUAUAACCUCCUUCCUCACGGAGUAAAUUUCCAGGAUGCAAUAUUUCCAGAUACACAGGAGAACAGAAGGAUGUUUUCCAGUCUCUUCCAGUUUUCCAAUUGCUCUCAGGCGCAACAUGUCAUAACUUUCUCCAGUGACUGGGAGAUUCAAGAGGACAACAGGCUCAUGUGUUCUUCGGUCCAGAAAGCCCUAUUUGAGGAAGAGGAUCAAGUGAAGAAACUGCAGCAGAAGGUGGCAACCUUGGAGAAACGCAACAAGCAGCUCCGAGACCGGGUGAAGAAAGUCAAGAGGUCCCUCCGGCAAGCCAGAAAGAACAACAGGCACAUGGAGCAGAUAAACCGAAAGCUCAGUGAGAAGCUCUCCUCUGCAGGAGGCCAAAUCCCACAUAUUAACUCUUUAAAGCAAGAGAACUCUCAUGCUACCUACCUUAAAGUAUAAUGCAAGGUUUAGGGCACAAGCCAAUGAUAUUGGUGACUUAGGGCCUGAUCUCAUGCUCCUUACACAGCCAAAUACUCCAGUGGGAGUUUUGCCUGCAUUAGAGUGCAGGAUCUGGUCCUCACACCUUGUCUACACUGGCAUUUGAACCAUGUAUGAAAAACAAAUUGGAACUCUGUUUAUAUACAGUACUAGAUAAGCAGGAUCCACACUAGAUUUGGCUGGACACUGUAGACUGGACCAAGCUGUCUGAAGAGUGCGUCCAAAGAGUCUGUUUGAGCCUUACGGGGAUUGCAGCAUCAAUACACUUUGGCUCCAUUUUCACUGCCCAGUCUAGCAAUAUUUGAAACCAGGUUACCUGGACCUGUGUCUAGGAUUGGAUCCAGCUCUCAGUCAAUGGGCAUCUUUGCACUGACUUCCAAUGGGAGCUGAAUCAGGACCAUAAAAAAAGAUUUCAGAUCCAGUUUUCAAGCAGGCUUCAAUUUUCAGGGUAGACAAGGUCUCCUGUCUUGUAAUCACUGUUUUAAGACAUGGAGGUUGCUGGGCAACCUCAUUUACCUAGGUUUAGAUACUAUAGAGAUCACAUCAAUAUCAACAGGGCAUUAAGGUAGUUUAUAUGUGUAUAUAUUUUAAAAUCCUAUAGAAAAUAUUUUUAUUACACAUUUGAUAUAGUCUAAUUUCUUAAAGUACGAAAUAAAUCCUGUUUCUUGGAGGCAGUCAUCCCUUAAAAUAUAUUUCCCAACAUUCCUCCUUAGGCACUGCCAAAAGAGAUUAGAAACUGAAUUAUUAAAAUGGCUUAAGUUAAGGCAGCAAUCUCAUUGGUUGACAAGGAUGCCAACCUUGUGUAUAUACACAUCAGUUCAUGGCUUGGAAUUGGUUAGCCAAAUCACCGCUCUUGAUAUCAAUACGCCAUGGAAGAGUAAUGAAAAUAAAUAAAUAAAGGAAGGCGUUCGGUGUAUUUCCCCUUUUU